UUGAUACUUUCUACAAUCCCACUUAUCCAUUGCUUGUAACCGAUAGACCUUCCCGUUCUUAUUCUUGGGGGAGGCUAAACGAUCUCUUGUCCAUUGUAGAACUUGACGAAUGUAACGCACUCUGCCUCGAGCGCGGUAAUGUGAUGUUUCGACUCUCUAUGUCUCAGUAGCGCAGUUGUAGUGUUGAACUUGGACGCACAUACAUUGCAGCGCGUCUUGUAGAUAGCUAAAGAUGCCAUGUUUGAGAUAAGUGCUGAAUAUGGACGAACGUUAAGGCCGCUAGUAAACUAGUACUAAAAAAGCACAAUAGGCCGUUUUUCAUUGUAAGGAGGUCUUCUCACACCUCUUCUUCCGGAGGUUUUCCGAGCUACGCAGAACUUCUAGAAUUUCAUUAAUAGCGCUUUGAUACCUGCAUUAGUGUAAUUACUUGCAACGCUUUCAAUAGCUGGACAUUUCACUCUCGUUUUUUGCUGAUUACUUUGAAUUGUAUAUCUGGUAAAAGUGUUCGUGAAGUCUGCUAUGGCCAGGAACAAACGCAGAACAGUGAGGGACAAAGAGAAGCUGAAAAAGAUCAGAAAGGAAGCACGAAAGAGGUGGAGGCAAAAAAAAUCCGCGAAGAAAGCGAUGAAAAAGCUAGCAGAGGAGAAGAAGCGCAACGAAGAUAAGGAGCGUCGAAAGUUCAAAGAAAUUAACCCAUCGCUAGUUGUGAGGACGACGAAGUUUCUUGGCGCUGGAACAUUUGGCAGUUGCUACCUAGCCUUUUACAGAGAUAUGGUGGUAGCUGUCAAAGAAUUUAAAAAGAGAAAGAACGUCGACCUCGCUCACCUGAGAAGCGAAGUGCGCCACGAAGCGACCAUGAUCAAACACCUGAAAGAUCACCGUGGUGUCCCUCUACUCUUUGGUAUCGUAACCAAGAGCGAGCCCAUUCGACUUGUCACCAAGUUCCACGGGAACAAAAACAGAGGCCUCACUUUACACAAAGCCAUAAAGAAAGAAACAUUAGAAAAGCCUACUUGGCUUGAAAUUUUAAAAAAACUUAUCGAGGCGUUAAACCACAUUCAUUCGUGUGGUAUUCUUCACAACGACGUGAAGAGCAACAACGUGGUAAUGGAGCAACGAGGAGAGGAGUGGAAUCCUGUGAUCAUCGAUUUUGGGAAAGCUCGUUUCUCGUCAGAUUCGGCGAUGUCCUUGUCUACCCAUCAACAGGAGAAGUAUCGAGAACAAUAUCCACACAUUGCCUCCGAAAUUGUCAACGGGAGUGGCAGGCAGAGAAUUACUCCUCUGCGUCAACACCCAGCAGUUCCAGUGGAAGAUGUAAGGUGGCUGCAUUCAUUCAUACUAGCCAGACUGAACCAAUUCCAUUUGAAGAUGCCAUACUGA